AAGAAGGUCGUCUUCGCAGCGGAGCUCUGGUGCAUGCCCAUCCACUGGGCUCCUCGAGGGCGUGGGGCAGCCUGUGCUCACUGUGAGCAGAAACCUCUCCUGGCCCCAUCAAUUUUGAGCUUUCCUUCCCGUCUCUCAGAAGCCAACCUACAACUCUAGUAAUGAAUGGUGGCAGCCUGAUGCUUCCUCCACUCCCUCUACUUGAUUGUCCACUCAACCCACACGGAAGCCCUGGAAGCCCUCCGGGAACCCGAAGUGCUGCGCUUCCGCGUAUCCGCGGCAACUUCCCUCUGUCCCCCGGGAAGUCGCUGGCCAGCCGCCCAGCCCCGAGUCGGGCUCUGGAGACUCCAGCCUGAAGACAGUGGGUUCGUGCACUCGGCUCGCCCCAAGCACACCUGCUUUUCCACUGUCAUGCGACGCCGCUGGCCUUGGUAAUGUCGCCCGUUACCCCAGCCUCCAGAGGAGAAAGACAAACGAACUGGCAAUAGCCACCAACGCCACCAAAUCUGGGCUUCCAGGGCCCUCGGUACCGUUUGCCCACGAAGGGGCGUGGCCCCGGGACCCAGGCGUGGGAGCCAGAACUGUUUGCUGCACGCAGAAGCGCAGUCUGUCGCCAAGGUCCGGGCCGGGUCGGGUCAAGUCGCCGCGGGGCGGGGCGCACAGGGCAGUGCUUUAAGAGGGCCCGGCCUGAGGACGAUCGGACGACCCGCGCCAAUGGAGACCGCCAGGGACUACGCGGGAGCCCUCAUCAGGCCCCUGACAUUCAUGGGGUUGCAGACUAAGAAGGCCCUGCUGACACCCCUCAUGCAUCCAGCUCGCCCUUUCCGGGUCUCAAACCAUGACCGAAGCAGUCGGCGCGGGGUGAUGGCCAGCAGCCUGAGGGAGCUUAUCAGCAAGACUCUGGAUGUCCUGGUCAUCACGGCUGGCCUGGUCACACUGGUGCUGGAGGAGGAUGGUACUGUGGUGGACACCGAGGAGUUCUUUCAGACCUUAAGGGACAACACACAUUUCAUGAUCUUGGAAAAGGGACAGAAAUGGACACCGGGCAGUAAGUAUGUCCCCGUCUACAAGCAACCGAAGAAAUCGGGAAUAGCCAAAGUUACCUUCGACCUAUACCGGCCGAAUCCCAAGGACUUUCUCGGCUGCCUCAACGUCAAGGCUACCAUGUAUGAGAUGUACUCAGUGUCCUAUGACAUCCGAUGCACAAGUGUAAAGGCCAUGUUAAGGGGACUGCUUCGGUUUGUGUCCUACGCUGCCCAGGUGACAGGACAGUUCCUGGUCUACGCAGGUGCAUACAUGCUCCGAGUACUGGGCGACACAGAAGGACAGCCAUCUCCCAAGCCUAACACCAAGGGCUGGUUCAUGUAAACAGGCCUCCGCUCCACAGGCCCAGGUGCAUACCGUUCAUGUACAUUGACUACCUUUGUGUAUAGGCUGUGGGGUGCCGGGGGAAGGAAGGGGGCUUGGUGGGACACAAUGCGGAGCUCAGGAGUCCUGCAGGAGAAAGGGGCCACAGGGGGCGUCGUUCAAGCACCUUCAGAUGGGACUAACAGCAGAGUGUCUGGGAGCAGCAUGCAUGUGAAUUAGACUGUUUGGACCCUUGCCUGU